GAUGGACAAAUCCUGGCUCCGCCCCCUUGCAGGCUGCAGUCACGAAAGCUUUAAAUCGAUGUUUAAGCCGACUGCAAGUUCGGCGUGCCACAGAGUGUUUGCUGCACACAAGCCGCAUCUUGAUAACGGGGUUUUAUUGUUUUAGAUAUUUUUUAAUAUUAUUUCAUUGUUUCCCUUUCUACGUGACUUUACCGACAAAGAACCAAGAAUAUAAAAAUGUUUUUUGUGUGUGUGUGUCGUGUGUGUUGUGUGUCGUGUGUGUUUUGGGCUAUAGCCAGACCGUCCAGUUUCAGAGCGGUGACUUUUGGAAUCAUCCCGAGUCGUCGAGCGACAGCCCUCUUGGUGCACGCCACACCGUCGCCAUGGUAACAACGACGACGACGACAACACCGUCGCCGUGGUAACAACAACAACAACACCGUCGCCUAGGUGACGGACGCGCCGCGCUUUGCUGAAGGCGCGAGGCCUGCUCCGUCGUGAUCAACUCGGCAGCAUUCAGUGGACCGACUCGCGCGUGCUCCGGCUGCACCAGUUAUAAUGGAUCAGGAAAGUGAAGGUGCCCUCUCCCAUCUUCGUGCGAGUGAAGAGGCCAUCAACUUCCUCGCCUCCAUCGACCCACAGGAACUGAGCCACUGCCUGUUUGGGGAUGAGCUGAUGACCAUGUCACGGGAUGGCACGCACCUGGGCGAAUUCAGGAUGCGGGUUUAUUCUGCGCCAUACCGCGAACACCCCGACAGUGGUGGAGGCACGCGCUUCCUCGUGCACGCCACCAGCAAGGGAGCCAUCAACGACAUUCCAUGCGGCACAACCGUGUGUGCAUAUGUCACCACCAAUCUUGCGACACUGGAACAACACCAUCAUGAAUAUCUUGAGCUGAAUGAGCAAGCCCUGGACAGGAAGGUGGAACUGGUGUGGCAAGAAGAGUCACUACUUGUGAACAAGGUCGUGACUGAGGGAGAGGAGGUACUACGGGAGUCUGUGCGCCUGGAGAUGAGCCAUCUGGCCGGCUUUCUCUCGGAGGCAUCGUGCCUUCUCCUAACCAGGCUGUUGACACGGCGCGCACACGUACCCCAUGACCUCACCUUCCUGUGCCUCGACUCCGAGUCCUGCCUUGCGACCUGCACUUUCAGAUCCUUGGGUACAGAAGAGCUGAGCAUUGGCGAGAAAAAGGUAGAAGUGUUUGGAAUCGAAAGGACACUCUACUCUCAGACAGCUCCACCAACCACGUGGCAUAGCUAUUAUUUAUUAGAUGGGCACCUGGUGAGGCGUGAGCAAGUGGGCUCACCUACCACCAUGAUGAUUGUACGCCUGCCCGCACAAACACCUGCAGCAGAGGAGGCUGAGGAGGAGGGUGACACUGAUUCAGGGGUGGAGCAGCAGACACUGAAUUGGGAGGAAGACAUGCAGAUGUACUCCCGUUUCCUCGACAGAAAGGAGGAGUUGCUCUCAGAGCAUGCGGAGUAUGCAAGGGCCCACCCUGAGCUGCGGGCUUUGCUCGGCGAUUUCCUGCAGUACCUGCUGCUCCGCAAGCCGGCUGACCCUGUGGCCUGCGCCGCGCCCUACUUCGCCUCCUUCUCGGCACUGGACCGCGACAUUCCCAGCACUCGCAGCCCUCCCACCCCUCAGUCCACCACCGACGCCACUGCUGCCGCAUCACCAGGGGAUGGGGUUGUUGCUUAGCAUCCACGCAUUAGCUGCUGCCAAAGCAAUUCUUACAAAAUGACUGCGCCUGUUUACAAUUACAACACAAUGCUCUAAUGCACUUGUUUCCCCCCAUAACUCAACAAUAGGCCCGCUUACUAUUUUUUUUUACAAUUGAAACAAUUCACAUAAUUCAGGGAGUACAUAAACAUUCUGUAGUUGACUCAGGCCAAUUGCUGAUGUAAUUUUACAUGCAUGUUAUAUACUCUACUGUACAUUCAACCAUUUGUUUAGUUGAAAAUCUAAUUCCACAUCAUCUUUUAGGAAAUACAGUAAAAGUAGGCCUACGGGAGUGAAAUGUAAUACGAUACAGUACUUACAUGAUGUACAGGUGUAUAUUUCCAAAAGAUGCAAAGCCUUUAUUCUUAUUUUGGUGAAAUUCAUUACUUUUUGGCCAAAUGUUCACAAUGCAAACUCCUGUAUUCAGAAGAUCCAUUAUUCAAGAUUUUUAUUGGCCACAUUUCAGAAAGCACGUGGAAUGUGGGCUGUAACCCAUCUGCAAUUGAUUGUUGCCUCUUUCCACCAUCUGGCCAAUGUACAAUUUAUACCUUGGGGUUACUGGACAAACAUGGUAAUAUACUGUAUAUUUGAUUUAAUGCUUACAGUAAAUGUGUAAAUACAAUAUAACAUCUACAUUGGUUAUUAAGCCAACAGAUUUAGACGUUAAAUAUCUGCUGACAUGUCUACACGCAUAAUAAAGUCUUGUUAAAA